AUGAAACUCCGUCUCUCGCUUGCAGUACUCGCAGCAUCUGCUCUCGCGCUAAAAACAGAGUCCAUUUACAAAAGCAAAGAGUCUUUGUAUAGGCCAUACGUAGAUAGAAUCACAGGACGAGUCCCAUUCGGAAAUUUAUCUGGCCAUGCCCACGUGGUUUCAACAGGCAUGGAAGCAGGAAUACACUUGACUUCGGGAUACUCCGGAUCUGCUGGAAGCAUCACGGGAAAGCAUCCCCUGGGCAUGAAGAACUGGCGAUUUGACGUUCACUUGAGCGUAAAGCCUGGGCUGAAGGGAGUCGGCCUCUGGAUUAUGCGGAACUUCUCGGGAGGGCCUCUCUUCGGGGGAAACGAGCAGUACAACGGGAUCCUGGUCUUUCUGCAGCUCGAGGGAGACCUUCUCGGGAAAGUCCCUGGUCCCUCCAUUGGAGUAGCUACGGCUUACGGGGGAUCUUCUGUCGUGCACUUUCAAAAGCGUAUCUCUGCAAAAAAUGACUGCAUUGUUCGGGUAGACUUUGUGGACGGAAAAUUGUCCGUGGGGUACUCGGAGAGGGGAAAAAAAGUCCAGACUAUGGGGGAGAUGGACCGCGUCUCGAUCGAUGAGGGAAGCUUCCUCAGCAUCUCUGGGGAGCUGGCAGGCCCGGAGGGGGACGGGAAUGUAAAGAGCAUUUCUGUGUACCGGAUUCGAACCCGCGUGGAAAACUUCAAGGAAGAAGUCCCGUAUACACGGCCUGUGAUGUCGUGGGUGGUUUUUGCGGUGCUUGUCUCGGGGGUGGUGUACUAUAUGCACGCUCAGAAGAAGAAAAAGCCUCAGAAGGGGAUACUUAGCAAGUGA